AUGGACCCAAACCUUACUCCCCCCGAGUCGGACAGCGCUGAUGACCAGCCCGGACAAAGCACUGGUGGCUUCCGUCCAGUUGAAGAACCUGCUCACCCUUCCCCCCUUAUGCAACCCGAAGCAGACGCAGAGCACGUUGAAGAGAACUCUGAUCAGGAGAACCCCCCGCCACCCCAUGCUGAGCACGGGGCGGCCGAACAGGACUUUGUUCACCCAAACCAAGUCCCGCCGGAACUUGCAAGGCAGCGAGCUGCACAUGAUGCCCGAAGACGCGCCUGGGAACAGGCCAUCGAGCCUUUGUCUCCUGACUACCAGGCUGUGUACCGGAGUAUCGCAGAGGGCUCUCAAAGAGUUCUCGAAGAACUUGGCGAUGACCCCAACCGGAGGGUUAUCAUCGCGGAAAUGGACCUAGUCUCCGCCAACUUACCUGCAGAAGCGCGGGUUCGGCUUGACCAUCUAUUCGAGGAUUCGGUAAACGAAAUCGAGCGACUGAUGAACACUCCUGUGUGGCUCGCCGUGUUGCGGCAGCAUGUGGAUGGCCUGCUUAAUGACUCGGUCAACACUGACUUGGAGGCUUUGGAAUCAGAUCCUUCACUGAGCAGGCCCCUCCUUUGCACGGUGUGCUUAGAGGAAUACGUCGAAGGGGUUGUUAUUGUGCUCCUGCCAUGCCAUCCAUCCCACCACUUUCACCGGGACUGCAUUCAUCGCUGGCUUCAAGCCUUGGUACCCGAACCCUUCACUUGCCCAAUUUGCAGGGCCGUCAUCGUGGAACGCAUGCAACCCCGGGCUGCCCGGCGGUAA